AUGACAAAAACUUCAUUUUCAUUCAUAAAUAUACAACAAGAAUAUUUAGAUAAUUGGACAUUCACCUAUUUACAAAAUCAAUUUAAUCAAUAUUCAUCACUAUUUGUAGCUGCUUUUAUUAAUGAUACUAUGUGUGGUGUUGCCUAUGGAUGUGAAUAUGACGAAAUAACAAUUCUAUUGCAAGGUAUUUGUGUAUUAUAUAAAUAUUGGAGACAUGAAAUAGGAAGUGGAUUAUUAAAAUUUUUUGAAACAAAAGUCAAUAAAACAAAAAUUACAGUGAGAGUAGCUUCUGAUAAUGUCAUAGAAAAGUUUUAUCUUAAAAAUAAAUAUAAACCAAAUCAAUUUCUUAUUCGAAUUAAACAUAAUCAAACAAAUGAAACAAUCAUAUUAUAUAUUGAAACAUUAGAAUAUAAUAAUGAAUUAAAAGAUAAUAUUAAAAAACUCUUUCAUUCAUAUGAAACAAUUUAUAUUAUGGAAAAGAUAAUUUCAUCCAAUGUGUAA